AUGUCAGAGAACGGUCAAAUACGUCAACAAAUUUUAUUUGCCUACAUAUUAGGUGCCAAGCAAAUGAUUAUCGCUGUGAAUAAGAUGGAUGCUGAUAAUGUUUGCUACUCCAGAAAUCGUUUCAAUCAAAUCCAAUUCGAAGUAUCCACCUAUUUGAAAAAAAUUGGUUAUCCAUUGAAGAACAUCGCGUUCAUCCCCAUUUCUGCUUGGAAUGGAGACAAUUUGAUUACAGCAUCGAACAAAAUGGUUUGGUUCACUGGCUCAAUCAUAGAACGUCAAGUAGACAGUGUUAUUUGCAAAACUUUUCUAGAAAUUCUUAAUACAAUUGUUCAGUGUCAAAAGCUUAUUGAUAAGCCCCUCCGCUUACCAUUACAAGAUGUCUAUAAAGUACGUGACAUCGGAACAAUAGUCAUGGGUCGAAUCGAAACUGGUGUAUUAAAGACGAAUAUGACUAUUUUCAUGCUCAAUAAUUCAGGUCAACUUAAACAAGGUGAUCAUCUUAUAAUCUACUGUUAUACGGCACGUGUUACAUGUCAAAUUAUUGAAUUAAUCGAUAAAAUCGAUCAUCAAAUAAAUGAAGCAAUUCAAAUAUAUCCACAAUGGAUCAAAUCACGUGAUCUUUCUACAGUAAAAAUGAUUCCAUUGGAAUCUGUCUACUUUGAAAAGUUUGAUGAUUAUCCAUCGUUGGGUAAUUUCAUCAUACGUGACAAAAAUAAAAUAAUAGCCAUUGGCAUCAUCAAAGAUGUCAAAAACGAUUCAUGUUGA